CGUGGGGGAGCAGGAGAAGUGCUAAGCAAUCCUCGGACUGCUCGGAGUUACGGCCGAGGGGCGACUGAUAGAAAGCGAGGAGGAUAUAACGGACUCGCAGAGCGGGGAGGGGAGCACCACUGCACAUCUUAUCAUCACAGUCCCACUGACUCCCCCCGGUCCUCGUUUAACCGACCGGCCCCAAGGAGAUGGCUACCCCCGCAGCAGGUCGAGAUGCCCCGAAUGCCCCAACGCGGGACGACUCUGAGCGGUCGGAGCCUAACCAUCCCGAACCAGCCUGUCAGGAGGCACAAAAAUGGAUAGAGGCUGUCACCGGAAAGAGUUUUGGAGAGAAAGACUUUCGCAGCGGAUUGGAAAACGGCAUCCUGUUAUGCGAGCUGCUGAGUGCAAUCAAACCAGGGCUGGUCAAGAAGAUCAACAGACUGCCCACCCCCAUCGCUGGGCUGGACAACCUGUCAGUCUUUCUGCGGGGCUGUGAGGAGUUGGGCCUGAGGGGCUCACAGCUGUUUGACCCAGGAGACUUGCAAGACACUUCCAUACGAGCAAACCUCAGGGACUCUGACUGCAACCGCAAAUUAAAAAAUGUGCUGAACACAGUGUUCUGGCUCGGGAAGGCUGCGAGCGGCUGUGCCUCCUUCAGCGGCCCUAAUCUCAACGUCAAGGAGUUUGAAGGGCUUCUUGCUCAAAUGAAGGUGGAGAGUGAUGAAGGAGGGGACAAUCCACAGCAGCGCAGCGUCAGAGACAGCGGUUACGACUGCUGGGACUCUGAGAGGAGCGAGUCUCUCUCUCCACCACGACACACUCGUGACAACUCCUUAGACAGUUUGGACUCCUUUGGCUCCCGCUCACAGAACAGCCCUUCUCCUGAUGUUGUGAAUCGAGGCAACAGUGAUGGGCGAUGCAGUGACUCUGAGGCUGAUGCCUCCAGCAGGAGGCCAGAUGUGCGAAAGGAUGACAUGUUGGCCAGACGGACUGCCAGCAGUGAAGCGAGAAGCUCCAUUCCCUUUAACCAGUUUCUUCCCAACCGAACCAACGCCAGUUCCUAUAUCCCGACUCCACGACGGAAACAACAUAAAGAGGAGGGAGAGCAGCGGAGUCACGUUAACGCCACGCCGGAGCAGGGCAAAAGAACUGGAGCUCACCAUAAAGCUCCCAAGACUGUCACUUGGGCACCUGAGAACAAUAAGGAAAAACAGGAAGAGGAGAGGGUGACACAGGAAGUACUGGAGCAGAAGAGGCUGCAGAAGCUGCAGAAGUCAGGGAUCAAAGUUCUGCCUGCUGCCGUUCGCUACAGCAGCCCUCCCUCAAUGGAGGAACAGGAGGUGAGGUCACCAUCCCCGAACAUCAUCCUCCGGUGCGAGAAUGACUUUCUGAGUGCUCAGAAAUCUGCGUGGGACUCUUCCUCUGAUGGGGAAGAGGAGGCAAAGACUCGAAAAGUUCCAGAUGUUCGCAAAGACGACCUGGCGACAAGAAGAGCUAAUCGUGGCAAAGUGUCAACCAAGGUGCAUCAGUUUGUGCCUCCACCUGUGUGUAGCAGCAAAGACAGAGAACGCUGGGAAGGCAUUAGACGAGCCUCGCAGCAAAACCUGCAGGAGAAGGAGAUCAGUGAGAAGGAAGCGGUCCCUGACAUCAUUACACGCAGAGACAACCCCUUUCUUAACCCCACACCUCACCUCAAGGAAGGGGAGGAUGAGGAGGAAGAGACAGAAGAGGAAAAGGUUAAUGUGAUGCCCAAUAAGCAGAAGGAUGACCUGGCUCAAAGGCGGGCUCAGACUAGACCCCUCCCCCACAGGGACGGACCAAUGAACUUUGCCUCUGUCUCCAUUAGCCAGGCAGAUAUGCAGAAGUGGGAGAGGCUCAAGAUCACUGAACCCAGUGAGGCUAGCCCAGCCCCUAUGUGUCAGGCUUGUCUGGAGAAAAAUUAUGGAAGUCCUUUCAGCGGAUCAGCAAAGGCUGGACGAGGUCACAGCAAAGUUGUGACCUUUGGGAGCGUUACUGAGAUCGAGCAGCCAAUAGACACAGUCAUGUCAAGUGAAGGGGAGGAGACAGAGUUGCUAAGACGACUCCUUUCCAAGGCAACUGUAGCCAUGCCUACCAUUGGCCUGGGCUCCCAGCCUUCAGAGCGUGAACGCAGCCAGGUAGAUGGAGCUGACGUCCAUCAAACUUCCCAUCCCACUUCUGACCUCUGGACCUCUGCCCCUGAAACCGCUCCCACUCCUGCUGAGCUGGAUGCACGUCUGGCUCCGUAUGAACGGAGGACAGAAGAGGAGGAGGAGGAUGAGGAGGAGAAAGAGGAGAGGAUCCCUGACUUACAGAAAGACGACAUGAUGGCCAGGAGGACAGGAGUUUUCCAUAAACAAAGCACUGCCACAGUAUCUUUCAACCGUUUCCUGCCUCUGCCCUCCUCCCAGCGCUCCAAACAAGGCGAGGUAACAACUGAUGCUGCUCCGCGGAGCAAAAGAGAAGUGCAGGCAGAGAGAAGCAAGAAACUGAACGUCAGAGUGGAGCAACAGCAACCCAGAGUUUCUAUGGAAUCACCCAAACCUCAGCCUGAUACAACUGUGACGAGAGCCACAUCGCACAGAGAACAUGAAUACGAAGAUGACGAUAAUGAGUAUGAUGAGAACGAGCCUGUGCCUGACCUGGAGAAGGAUGAUAUGAUGGCUCGGAGGGCUGGAUUGUUACAAAAAACGAGUGCAGCCAGAGCAAAUCAGUUUCUCCCAGUACCUGGAUCAGUGAAGUAUAACGUUGCCCCAGUGUCUGCGAUGAAGCUGCUGCAUCACACCAGACCUAAACUCACAGAGAAGAUUGCCAAUGAAAGCAGCAUCGUAACCAUGGCAGCAGAACCUCAGGCUUCUUCAUCCCAGGUACAGACUCUCCCAAAGCAUGCAGGGCCGAGGGAGGAGCAGGAGGAUGAAAGAAAGCAAAAGAGAGCAAUCUUUAAAAGUUCUGUCACAGAUGUGACACAGUCCCUCUUUUCUCCACCGCUCACCCCUCCACCCAGUCCUGCUGCUGCUGCCAAGGCUUGUAAAGUGCAGUCAGAGACUGAGAAGAAGAGUGUGGAGGAAAGAGUUGAGGAAAAGGUGGAAGAGAAAAAGAGGAAUAUGAAUGAAGAACCACAAAAGAAACCCUUGUGGCAGGAUGAUGAUGAUCUGCCACCCAUGAUGAUGAGCCGGCGAGUUGCUUUUAUGUCUGAGGACACAGAGAGUGUGAGCAUGGGUGACAUCCUUAACGAGGAAGAAGGAGGACACUUACCUCCACUGAGCCAAUCACGAAAUGAACGCAUGCAUGACCAGUGUAACAUGGAAGAGGACGACCACUGGAGAGACGACCUGGCUCGUUGGAAGAAUCGCCGCCGCAGCGCAUCACAGGAACUGAUUAAGAAAGAGGAGGAGAGGAAGAGGAUGGAGAAAAGGAUGAAGGAGAAAGGAGGUGACAGCAACAAGAGGAAAAGUAUUAAGACCUACAAAGAGAUCGUGGAGGAAAAGGAGCGUCGAGAGUUAGAGUUGUGCGAGGCCUACAGGAGUGCAGCAACUCCAGAGGAGGCCGCCAUGGUUUUACAACGCUACGCUCUCCGCUUUACAAUCAGUGACGCAACACUGGACAGCUUAAAACUGCCGCGAUCCACUUCAAAACCCACACAGGACAUCAGUCUGGUGGAGCACAAGGAGCACACAACAUUACCUGUUAGUGAGCCUGAAACAUCAGAUCCUCUGAGGCACAAACCAGACCAGGCUGUUAUAACGGACCAGAGCUGCACAAUACCUGAAGAGAUGGAGACAGAGUCAACUGAUCAACAAGAGACAUCAGAUUCUGCCUCCUCCAGCACCCCGACUCCCAGCAGUCCCCCGACCCCCGUCUUUAACUCAGAAACUGUGCCACCUCGGCCACUCCAGCUCCAUGAACCUCAAACAAAACCUGCCGAUUCUCCAAACGCACAUCAGAAAGUAGUGAAUGCAGGACAUGCAAAACACACACCGCCUCAGAUUGCACUAGUGCAGCCGCACACCGCACAGCCUGUACACACACUCCCCUCCCCUCAAUCUGCAUCCCCAAGACCUGUUCCCCUGCUGGCAGCCAAACCCUACUGCCAGCCCAGGAGCACACAUGCUGGACACAAACCUGUAAAGAUGGACGGUUUGGUGCGAGUGAACGGAGAGGCGACGGAGGAUUUGUCUACACCCACUCUGCCUACCCCUGCUGCACCUUCCCCACAGGAGAUCAAAGAAGUUCCCUCUAGACAAACUGAGAAAGAUAUUCCCUCCAAGCAGACUGCGACCAGUCAGCAGGCAGUGGAGCAGAUGCCACCUCCUAAGACACCGCCUCCACAGACACCACCUGCACAGACACCACCUGCACAGACACCACCUCCACAAACACCACCUCCACAGACACCACUUCAGCAGACCCCACCUCCUCAGACACCACCUCCUAAGGCACCACCUCCACAAACACCACCUCCACAGACACCACUUCAGCAGACCCCACCUCCUCAGACACCACCUCAGGUCACACCAUCUCAGGAGACAGCACCCCCUCAAACAGAAAAAACAACCUCGUCUUCGGCUUCUGCCAUCAGCUCCUUGAUCGGAGGCCGAAACUGUAUCAUCACAACAACUAUUGUGACAGAGCUUACGCAGACUGUAGUGGAGCCUCUUCACCUGGAUAGCCAAAGUGAAGCACAGGUCAAUGGUGCGAUGGUGUUUUCUGAGAGACCAGAAGAGGAAAUACAGGCUCAGCAACCUACAUCACCAAACAGUAAUCAAAACUAUUCUCCAACUGUCACAGAGGGACUAGAGGAGAGCAGUGUUUCUAUUGAGACCCCCAUGUUGAACUUGGCUAAACGUGUUAAUCACUGGGUCUGGGACCCCAAUGAGGAGCGUAAACGCCUGGAAAGUUGGCAGCAGGAGCAGGAGCGCCUCCUACAGAAGCAAUACGAGAAAGAACAGGAGAAGCUAAAGAAGGAGUGGGAGAAGGCACAGAUAGAGGUGAAGGAAGAGGAGAGAAAACAUAAUGAAGAGGAAAGAAGGAUCCUAGAGGAGACUGUGACACCCCUCAAUCCUACAGGCUUGUUAAAUCAGCAGUCAGACCAGACAGGGUCAACUGUAUCAUCUCCAGAAAAGACAGAGAAAAAGGGAAACAAUGUUCCCUUCCAGGUUAACGGCCAAAGAAUCUCCACAGGGAACGAGGAUCAGCAUGCUUCGAAGCUGCAUUUUUUCCAGGAAUCUGUAUGUGACGGUGCACCGCCAAAGAAACAGGAGCUGUGGAAGACGGCUUCUCUGGACCGAAACCCGCAGCUGAACCAGCCACUGAUUGUUAAAAGGUCUGAAUCACAAGACACUGUAACAAACAAACAGCAGCCCUCCCCUUCAACACAUCAGCCUCCCUCACCCAGCAGGUGUGUAAGUGGGAAGAGACUCUGUUCUGGUUGUUCACAGCCGCUGGGAAAAGGAGCUGCAAUGAUCAUCGAUACACUGGGACUGUUUUUCCACAUCCAGUGUUUCAAGUGUGGGGUGUGUAAAGGGCAGCUGGGCGAUGCCACUGCAGGGACAGAUGUACGGAUUCGAAAUGGACUUCUGAGCUGUCACGAGUGCUACAUAGCAUCUCGGGGCAGAGGUCAGCCCACCACACUAUGAUGAUCCACAUUUCAACUGGAACUGGAACUGGAACUCACACCAUGGAUGUCUGUGAUUGGUUAUUCUGGAAGCUGGACUCACAUUUCGGGCUCUAGAAAGCUCUGGAAGACUCUGGAAAAUCUCUGCAAAGCUUUGGAAUCAUGAUCUUUCUCUAAAAUGCACAAACAGCUUUCUGGAUGUUACUGAGAGUGAAACUGGACUGACAUGUGGACUGAGACUGACACAACAUCACAUGCACAUACAGUACUGUGUGUGCUUAUUAACUGUACACAUGUAUACACUUCUAUUAAUAUGUGUAGCAUGAAUGUUAUCAAGAAAUCAGUAUGUUUAAUCCUUUGCACAUUCAAACUAAGCACAGUCAAGAAACUAAAAUAAGGAUCUGCUUAAUGUGCUAUGCUAAGUAAACCUCAACAACACAUCAGUCUCAAAAUCUUGACCAUUAACCCCCGGCUUCUGCUCUGAUCACGUGACUCCCCUCUCUGAGUGUGACGUAAAGUGGUUUGGGUUGGAUAACCUGAAGUAGCUUGACCAUUAUAAUGCCUUACUCAUCGUCAUACCUUCUCAUUAAUUAUGGGUUUUUGUGUUUACAGUUUUGCAUGAAAGAAGAACAUAUAAAUAAGUUAUUGUGAGUUGUGCUCAGAUGGAAUAGUGUGAGUUUGAUGUAGGUUGUUUUCUGUAACAGCUGAACUUUCCUUGCGUAUGUUGUACAUCAUCAUGAUUUCUAUGAUUUUUUUGGGCAUCUGGCUAACUAACAGAAGCUUUUUCUUUAAAAUGUCUUUUACAGGAAUGAGAUUGCAUGUUUAUUAUUAUUAUUAUACUUGUUCUUUGGAUUUUAAAUGUUUUCCCUUUAUGAUGUUUUAGCCAUUGUUAAUUCUCAUAGACUGACUGCGACCGAAUAAGUGCCUUAUAUAAUGAAUGCUAGGGCUAGGGAAUGUGCAGGAGGAUUUGACACCCACGCAGACCUCUGGGUCUCAGCACAUUGUGUGAGUGCGUGUGUGUGUGCAAUGGAAUCAUGCAUGAUUAGGUAUGAAUGCAAUGUGUGAUUUUGACUUGAAGCACAGUUCCAUACCAGCAAAAAAAAACAUUUUUAAUGGAUAAACCUCUCCUGAUCACCUUCUGUUCCCUGUUCUACUCCUUCCCUCUAGCUACACCAAUGACGCUAAGUGAUUUGCUGCUUCCCUGUUAAUUAUUCCUCAUUUAUGACAGUUCACAAUGUCCUCCUAUCUCUCCUUGUUUGCCUCUAUCACAAGUGUUGCCUCCCCAGAGUCUGAGCUGAACGCCUCCCUCCUUCGUGUGUCGUUGCCUCUACCUUGACACCUGACAACAGCUUCAUCACCUAGAGGAAUAGAGCGCUCAGUUCAUUGUAUUUUAUAGCAAGUGUAUGUUUAUCAAUAAAAUAUUUUGAAUGGGA